UCAUAAAGCAUAAAACAACACCAUCAGAGCGCGGUGCAAAGUAUCUAUAUUCGUCCGCCGUUCUUAUACAUCUAUGUAGUCCGCUGUAUAGAAAACGGUAGUUUCCCCUCAGCAGCAGACGCACAUUAAUCACGCCCGCUGGCGAAUGAUAAAUACGUCGGAUAGUGAAAUUGCAGUCGGAUUCUCAAAGCGCCGCAGUCUCUUCUCCUAAAUACUUUUGAAUUCUUCUAUCCACUAUUCCUUAACCCCGUGACGUUUCACACAGAGGUCAAGGAAUAAACGAUAGGGUCUGAUUUUUGGACUAUUUGCCUGCAGUCAAUGAACCAACUUCCUUAUUGCUCAGAUGUUAUACAAUUCUGCUUGUUUUCCUUAACCUGAUUCGUCCGAUUCCUGCGACAGUCAACCGCGAGCCACUUUCAGUAAACUAAAAGUAACGCUUCAUUUGUGAUCAGUUUAUAAGAAGAAACGUGACAGAGAGAAUCGGAUUUUGGUUAUUUCGUCAUGAAGAUGAAGGCGUUAGUGCGGUUUUUGACCCUCGUACACGUUUCCCAGCAAUAUUCAACUGUUCUUGUGAAUGAGGGGGUGGAGUCUGUCCAGCUUCCCUGCAAGUCAUCUAGGUUACCUGAGGACACAACAGUGGUGUGGAAGCGCCACGGUUCCCAUCCCUCAACCGUCCACCAGCAUCACGUAUCUUAUCUUCAAAACCAGCAUUACAGCGGCCGAACAUCAAUGUCAGCUGAUGCUCUGAAAACUGGAGACCUCAGCCUCACUCUGAAAGAACCCCACCACUCUGACAGUGGCGUCUACAUCUGCCACUGGUACAGAAAGGGAGAGGAAUUAUUCCACCAAGACCUAGUGUUACUGCAGGUCAUAGUUCUCCAACAUAACUCAACCAUUGGAGUGUAUGAGGGGGUGAAGUCUGUCCAGCUGCCCUGCCAGUCAUCCUGGUUUCUUAGUAAGGACACAACAGUGGUGUGGAGUCGCAUCGGUUUUAAUCCCUCAACCGUCCACCAGCAUCUUGACGAAAAGGAGCCCCGUUUUCAAAACCAGCAUUACAGCGGCCGAACAUCUACGCCAACUUAUGCUCUGAUAACUGGAGACUUCAGCCUCACUCUGAAAGAACCCCAACUCUCUGACAGCGGCGUCUACACCUGCCACGUCCAUAACAAUGAAAAGGAAAUGUUAAGGCUAAUUGUGCGCCUGCAGGUUACAGAACGGCCCAUAUUCCCUCCUGAGUUAUGUCUUAUGCUGGCUGUUUGCCUUGCUCUGGCUGUAGCUGCCUUGGGUUGGCACAAAACCAUCACAGUCUCUUCUGUAGUGGUGAAAGAGGGAGUGUGCUUUGUAAAACUUCCUUACAAAACCAUAGUCCCUCUGCCUGAAGACGUCACCGUGGAGUGGAGUCGUUGCGCCCCCGAGCCAAUGAGGGUCCACAAAUAUUGUAAUGGCAACAACGAUCUUAUUAGACAGGAUGAGUUUUAUUGCAAUCGCACAAAGAUGCAGGAAGAGCCACUGAAAACCAAAGACCUCAGUCUGACCCUCAGGGACCCCUGCUACAGAGACAGUGGAACCUACACCUGCACCGUCCACAAGGACAGAGCAGUCUGGACGCAGAAAGUAGUACGGCUCCGAGUCAAUGUCCCCGAGGAGGUGGUGAAAGUCGGGGAUUGGGCUAAAUGUGUCACACUGCCCUUCAAAACCAGAGCUCGACUGCCUGCAGAUGCGACGGUGAAAUGGAAACGUUUCGAGUUAUCCAAUUCCUGGACAGUUCAUGUGUAUCAGAAUGGCCAAGACAAGUCUGAGGAGCAAGACGACUCUUACAGAGACCGCACAAAGAUGAUGAAAAACCCCCUGCAAGCUGGAGAUCUCAGUCUGACCCUGAUUAACCCCAGUCAUGGAGAUAUCGGUGUAUACACAUGCACCGUUGAAAGUGACGGAGACGUCAUAUGGAAGAGAUCGGUGAGGCUCAAGCUCAAAGCGAUAGGGUUUUAAGAAGAAAGGGACCAAAGAUAAAACAGAUGGCGCCGUGAACAAGCAGCGUUCAUGUUAAAAAUGUUUUUGUGAUUUCCUAAUUGUUUUAAUAAUGUACAUUUCUGGCUGUAGCACAUGCUCCCUGCUCACAUGAUCACCUUUACAUUAUCAAUAAAUAAAUAAAUAAUC